AACGUGACGCAAACGUCAAACCCGACAAGAAAUCCAUCGCGUAACUUUUAUUUCUCGCAUUUCCACGCAAAUUUUACUCAAAUUACAGAAAAUUAUGAGUUUUCUCGCGUCCAGAGUGUUGUUCCGGUCGGGGAGCGUUCUGCUGAGCCGGCAAGCUUCAAGCAAAGGUGCAGCGGGAGCAGUGGCGGGAAAGUCGAAAGAAAAAUGGGACCUCCUUGCCGGUGUGCUCGUGGAACGGCUUCCCGUGGUCACGAAAACGAUGGAACCGAUCGAGGCGAAGUUUAAGUCCAUCCUGGACCAGAUCGAGUUCGAAAACAGCCUCAAAUCGAACCACGAGCUGCGCAAGGAAACGGAAAAGCGCCAAGCCGAGCUGCUCAAGGCGGGCAAAAUCGACCUGGACUCGGAAGCGCUCAAGCAAACCGCCCAAGAUCUGGAGGACGCGUACAACGACGAGCUGAGCAAGUUCAAGCCGGCGCCCCGCCUGACCGAAGCGGACCGGAAGGGCGAUCUGUGCUCGCUGGAGCGAAAGUUGGAGGAAACGUUGGUGCUGCUGGCGGAACAGAAGCUUGGGGGAAAGAGUUACUAUUUGCUUCCGCAGGGGCAGCUCGGUGCGGGGGAGACUUCGUUGCGGCAAACCGCGGAACGGGUGCUUCGCGAGACGGUUGGAGAUUCGCUGCAGGUCACGUUCUACGGGAACGCUCCGGUUGGGUUUUACAAGUACAAGUACCCGGCGACGGCCAAGCGGGAUGCCGUUGGGGCGAAGGUGUUUUUCUUCCGGUGCGUGCUCAAGGAAGGCAGUCCGAAUGUGGGUGAAGGGAGUGUGAAAGUUCAGUGGCUUGACCAGGGAGAGCUGGCGAAGACGCUGCAGGAACCGUACUAUCGAAGCGUUUCGCAGUUUUUGUUGUAGAGCUUGUUCUUUCGCUUAGUUGAAAAUAAACCAAAACCAUUUAAACUAA